AUGGCCGACAUCCGCAGUUUCACUGCUCGACCGCUGUCGAAGCAGGCGCGAAGUGACCUCAAGGAUGCAUUCCGUGUUUAUCUCUCUUCGUCCUCCCUGGCUGCUUUGAGGCUUCGCGCCGAUGACCUCUGUACCUUGUCGUCGGCCGAGGGAUCCCCGAAGACUGCAAUUGCUUGGACGGCCGUGGAGAAUAUACAAAGUACGGUGGUGCAAACGUCAAGGACCCUUCAGGAUUGCUACGGGAUCAAGAUUGGAGAGAAAGUGAACAUCACCAAAAUUGACGGGACUCUUGACGAGAUCGAAUCGAUCAUUUUGGUGGACUGCUCCGACCCCGAGAAGAUUGAAAGACAUGGCCCGAUUGCCGACGACGAACGGUGCCACUGGGAAUGGACCUUGGAAUUCCCGCUUCUAAGAGGCGAGGUUCUGACAACUGGCUUGGUCUUCGAGCAGGAGCUCAAGGGCCAGCGCCGCAGCUUCCGGGUGAUUAACAUACACGCUCCUGGCGCGAGCCCGAACCGUACUAUUUUCCGAUUCACGAAGAACUCCAAGGUCUCCAUUGGAACAGAAGUGCCAACGAGGGAUGACUCGCGAUCGAGUAUUGCUGUUCAGCCCGUAGGCCUGGGUGGUCUCUCGCGUCAAAUAGAGGACAUCAACGAGAGUCUGUCUGACUUCAACCUUGACCCACGGAGCCCAGCUAUGCCAUCAUUCUACGAGCAUAACCGAGGAAUUCUUUUAUACGGUCCCAAGGGAACGGGUAAGACGGCCCUUCUGCGGCAGAUCGAGUCGGCUGGCUGGAAGCAAGUAUUCCGAAUUGGCUCAUCUUCCCUUGGCCGCAGUACCAGCGAAAGCGAGACGAAGCUUCGCAAUAUAUUCCAAGAAGCUGCCCGUGCUAAGCCCAGUGUGAUCCUGAUCGACCAGUUGGACUUCAUUGCACCAAAGCGAACCUCCCUCGAAUCAUCAUCCUUGGUGUCUGUUCUGUGUGAAAAUCUCGAUGCGAUUCAAAGUGGAUCGGUUCUCGUUGUGGCGGCCACAAGGCAUCCCAAUAAUGUCGAUGAUGCUCUUCGAACCCCUCAUCGACUUGGAACCGAGAUCGAACUUCAAGUUCCUACAGCCCAGGAUCGGGCCGAGAUUCUUCGUGCCAUUCGCGGCCCCGCAUUUGCGGGACUUGGCGAUGACUUGAUUGAUUUGAUCGCCGAGAAGACUCACGGAUACGUGGGCGCAGAUCUCUACGCUCUCCUUCUGCUCAUUUGCCGGAAAGCCCGGCAACGACAGCUGAUUGAACAAGGCUCUACCAUCCUACCGGUUAAGCUACCUAGUCAAGAAGUAGACUCGUCGAAUGAUGUCGAUGAUGCUGGCAAUGGAGAGGUUCGCAUCGACUUGGAUAUUAGGGAAGCGGACAUUCUUGCGUCCCUGCAAGAGGUCCGGCCAACGGCUAUGCGGGAGGUCUUCCUAGAGACGCCAAAAGUUAGGUGGUCUGACAUUGGAGGGCAGCAUGAGAUCAAGAAACGCCUUCAACAAGCCGUGGAAAGGCCUCUCAAGCAUCCGGAACGAAUGCGCCGACUCAAUGUGAAGAGUAAGAAAGGAAUUCUUCUGUACGGACCUCCAGGUUGUUCCAAAACCCUUACCGUCAAGGCACUGGCUACGGAAGCUGGCUUGAACUUCCUGGCUGUCAAGGGAGCAGAGAUAUUGAGUAUGUACGUUGGCGAAUCCGAGCGCUCGCUACGAGAAAUUUUCCGCAAGGCCCGCGCGGCACGCCCAAGCAUCAUCUUCUUUGAUGAGAUUGAUGCCAUUGCUGCUCGUCGCAGCAGCAGCUCCCAGGGAGGCGUCAAUGUUCUAACCACUCUUCUCAAUGAGAUGGAUGGUAUUGAGGAAUUGCGCAAUGUGUUGGUCAUUGCUGCUACAAACAAACCUGAUGUUCUUGACCCUGCUCUCAUGCGACCUGGUCGCCUGGAUAAUAUCCUUUAUAUUGGCCCUCCAGACUUUGAGGCUCGACGAGAAAUCCUACGGAUCUGGGCUAGUAAAUCGGUCAUUAGCCCGGAAGUUGAUCUGGAUGAAUUGGCAUCUUGCACCGAGGGCUACUCGGGCGCCGAAAUGGUCAGUAUCUGCGAGACUGCAGGUGACGCGGCACUGGAUGAAGAAGAGGAGACGCAACAGGAACAAGAUGUGAAGCUGAAGCACUUCGAAUACGCGUUGACUCAGGUGCGCCGUCAAAUUACCGAUGCCGUCAUCCAAGAGUAUGAACAGUGGCGAGAUGCACAAAAAUAG